CCGGGUCUGAGGACGUUUUACAACACCUGGAACAAUAUUAGACUGGACACUUCCGUCCUCUAGCCUUGCUGCAGCGUUUCCAUCAUGACUCCUGCUGUUUCAGCUGUCCUCAAUGGCCACUGCUGAUGUCGACGGCAAACACAUCACUGACAGCCCUUUGUUUGUUUAUUAUAAUCUGAAGCAUCUGACGUGAAACAUCUCCUGUCGCAUCUAAAGCGGAGCGGCAGCUGCCAGGGAGCGCGCACUAGGACGAAGAUGAAGAUGAGAAGGAUGAUGAUGAUGACGAUGACGAUGCCGAGGCAGUGCAGAAGAUGAGUGGUAUUAAUAGAAGAGCUUGAGUGUCUCACUCUUUCACUGUCGAGACCGGGGGGCUUGGUGGAUAGUCGGUGGACCGGGUUGGGGGGGCUUCUGAUUCAAACUGCGUACUUGGAGUAAUACAUAACAAAGUAAAAUACUAAAAAAAACAAAAACAAAGAUCGCAACAUGGAGGUGCUGGCGGCUCUUAAUCUGAGCGAUUUAGCUCAAACUUUCUCCAAAAUGGGGAUGUUUCCAGUAUUUGAUCUGGCCUACUAUAUUGUAUCCAUCCUCUACCUCAAGUAUGAGCCAGGCUCAGUGGAGGUUUCUCGCAGGAGUCCUGUGGCCUCCUGGCUCUGUGCCAUGCUGUACUGCUUCGGUAGUUACAUCCUAGCAGACGUCAUGUUGGGAAGCAGCCCCGUCGACUAUUUCCAGUACAACAGUCACAUCCUGCUGGCCACGGCUGUUUGGUGAGAAAAUCCUCAAGGCUUCA